UCCAAUCGUCCUCCCGCGGGACACUUGCACGAUGUGCGCCGAGAAGUUGGCUAAAGCGCAGACGAUCGACCUGAGGCGGAAGUUCAUUGGGCCAUCAUGCAAAAUAUUCUUCAGUGAUGACCCCAUUAAAAUGGUGCGCGCCAGGGGUCAGUACAUGUUUGACGAGAAGGGUCAGCGCUACCUGGACUGCAUCAAUAACGUGGCGCACGUGGGUCACUGCCACCCAGAUGUGGUUUCGGCUGGCGCGCAGCAGAUGGAAACGCUCAACACCAACUCGCGCUUCCUCCACGACAACCUGGUGCUGUACGCACAGCGGCUGCAGGCCACCUUGCCCGCUCAGCUCUCCGUCUUCUACUUUGUCAACUCGGGAUCGGAGGCCAACGACCUUGCCCUUCGUCUCGCCCGCCAAUACUCAGGCUGCCAAGGAAUCAUCACCCUGGACAACGCCUAUCACGGCCACGUGACGUCUCUCAUCGAAAUCAGCCCCUACAAGUUGCACCAUCUGGCGGACGCGCCGCUCAAUCCAUUUGUCCACGUGGCCCCGAGCCCGGACGUGUACAGAGGUAAAUACAAAAAUGACCACCCGGAUCCGGCCAAAGCAUAUGCCGACGAAGUCCGAGAUAUCAUCCGGCGAGUGCAAUCGAAAGGAGGCAAGAUCGCCGCUUUUAUCGCAGAGUCUUUGCAAAGUUGCGGCGGGCAGGUUAUCCCCCCUGCGGGCUACUUCCAGCAAGUGGCCGACCACGUCCGUAAAGCAGGUGGACUCUUCAUCGCCGAUGAAGUCCAAGUGGGCUUCGGCCGGGUCGGCAGCCACUUCUGGGCCUUCCAGCUCCAGGGUGAUGACUUUGUGCCCGACAUCGUCACCAUGGGCAAGCCCAUCGGCAACGGGCACCCCAUGUCGUGCGUCGUCACCACCAGGGAGGUGGCCGAGGCCUUCAUGUCGUCGGGCAAUGAGUAUUUCAACACGUUUGGAGGUAACCCGGUGUCGUGCGCCAUUGGUCUGGCCGUCCUUGACGUGAUUGCCAAGGAAGACCUGCAGGGUAAAGCCUUGCGUGUCGGCGGCUACCUGACCUCCCUGUUGGAAAAACAGAAGGAGAAGCACCCACUGAUUGGUGAUAUUAGAGGUCGCGGUCUAUUCGUGGGUGUGGAACUCGUGAGGGACAGAUCCAAGCUCACACCCGCGACGGCGGAGGCCCAAGAGGUCAUAUAUCGGUUGAAGGAACAGCGCGUGCUGCUGAGCGCCGACGGGCCGCAUCGCAACGUGCUCAAGUUCAAGCCCCCCUUGUGCUUCAGUACCGAUGACGCCGACUUUGUGGUGGACAAAAUGGAUGCCAUUCUCACAGAAAUCGAAACAGCAACAGGUUUGACCAUUGCCAGUAUACUGAAUGGUGACAGUGGAUAAACGCCCUUUUGCGUCAUCGCCACGGCUGCAAAGUCAAAAAGGUAUCGGUCUGGAAAUCCCGAGACUAAGCAAGCGUGCUGCUGGCAACACAACAUAAAGCUUGAUUGUCAAAUAAGACGAAAAUUAAGAGGGAGGAGGAUAAAGGUAAAUUUUAGCACUUGGUCUAGUCAAGUCUGCAACAUGUGAAAUGCAAUUUAAUAUGCGCAGCGUCCUGGUUUGUUGGUGCUGAAUGAGUUGAUCUUGAUGGGACAUUUAAGGACAUCAGGGUAAAGGGACGCUUAAGUGAGGAAGAUUGGGACGCCCGGUCAGCAUGGGGCAAAUGGCACUUAAUGACUCCUGUAGGAGGAUUUUUUUUUAAUACCAUAUUUAAUUCAUGAUUUAGGUUUCUAAUUCUUAAUAGAUUUAAGGUUUGACUCAUGCAAUAUGUUUUAAAAUUUUGAUUUUUGUGCUUCUUUAUCGCUCAAUGUCGAAAGCUUUACAGACAUUAAAUGCAGAAUCAAGCAAAUGUGA